AUGCCUGAAUUAAGGAUGAAUGCAAAACCAAGAACUUCUUUCCUUACUCUUCCUACUGAAAUACUUUUACAAAUAUUUUCAUAUCUUGGUUCAGCUCAUCUUAAACAACUUUCACUUACACAUCUACCAAAAUAUGGCCAGUACUUUAGAAACUUGACAGUUCACGGCCGAGUUUCUCAGGAAUUUAUAGAUAGGCUUGCCGUGUUAUUAAAAAUAUUAGAUGCACGUUGUGAUUGUCUGGAGAAUUUUAGCAUUUUAGUACCAGAACAAACUCCUGGUGUGUUGGAGUUGAAUCCACCAUGUUUAAGUCAAGGACUUAGCAAUAAACAUUUAAGAGCCUUAAAUUUGUUUAUACAUGCAGUGAUUCAAUCUGUAUAUUCGUUAAAUCAUUAUGUAGAAAAAUAUGGAUCACAAAUCACACGAGCGCACAUGUCUUUUGAGGGUUUAUCGGAUGUAUGGGUAGCGCAGCUUUUGAUUAAUUGUCCGUGUUUGCAAGAACUGGUUUUGGAGAGAAAAUAUAUUGAUGACAAUAUAGAAAUAUCCGAUUCUACAUUGGAUAGUAUAGCUACACUCUCCAAUACAUUGAAAUCGUUAUCUUUUACUACUGCGUGUGAUUCUCCGCUCACAGAAUGGUUCACUUAUGCUGGAUGGAGAAGGAUGCUCGGUGGAACUUCUAAAUUGGAAAAAUUGGAUAUUUCCGGAUUGCAUUUAAAAUUCAUUGCUGCUUUGCUUCCUAUCAUAGCUGAUUUUUAUAAAGAUCACCCUCUUUGGUAA